AUGGACUUCUACAGGUCGGUGUGUUUAGAUGGACUUCUACAGUGUUUUUACAGGUGGAUAGGCUGUGUUGCCGUGCUGUGUUCAGUGGUUCUGGUUUUGACCUUUAACUUCCUGGGUCUGUUGUGUGGAACGUGUGGCUACGACAAACAGGCCACGCCCACCACUCGCGGCUGCCUAUCAAACACCGGAGGCAACCUGCUAAUGGCAGGUGUAGGGUUCAGCUUCAUCUUUGCCUGGGUAUUGAUGGGGCUGGUAUCAGCAGGGUUUGUUGUCGGGGGCAACAUUGAGAAGCUGUUCUGUGAACCGCUUGCUAACAGACAACUGUUCAAGAUCAUAGACACUCCCUACAUGGUCCAUCCUGCCAAGAAGAACUUCCUGCCUGGCAUGCUGUUCCAGAACCCUAACAUCAACCUGACUGUAGGAAGCAUGUACCGAGACUGCUAUGAUAACAACGGGCUGUACCAUGCUCUGCAGCUGGAGACAAUGUUCAACAUCAACACCUUCCUCAAAACAACCGUGUUUAACAAGGACCUGGUGAAGGUGUUUGACAGCGUGAGCAUCGACCUCCAGAGCAUUGUGUUAUUGGAGCAGGAUGGACGGGAUAACCUGCUAACCUUCUCUAACGCUGGGAUAGGAGAUAUUAACUAUGCUGCUUACCUAGCAGAGGUGAAUAAAGGUGUAACUCUGGUGGAUCUGCUGUCGUUUUCCAACGAGCUGGAGGCCCAGGCCGACCUUCUGCCGCGGGGAGCUCUAGAGAAUGCUUUGAAGGGUCAUGCCAGCAGCAUACGACAGAUCCACAGAGAACAGGUCGUCCCCAUGGAGCAGGCCAUGAAAUUUGUCCGAGCGCGGAGCACCCUCAGCCAGAGCAUCCGGCUACUGCAGAGGACAGCUAAGGAACUACCUGUGAAGGUGACUAACGUCCUUAGUGCCAUCGACGAAGCAGAGUACCUCAUCACACACAACGCUUCACGUGUGGUAAAACAGGAGAGAGAUGUGUACAUGCAGAGCCUGGUUGGAUACUUCAGACAGUACACAGACUGGGUCAAAAACUCUCUGACAGGGGAGGUGUCUCAGUGUAAGCCCAUCAGUAAUCUCAUUGACUCCAUGGAGAUCGUUGCCUGCAGCUUCAUAGUCGACUCAGUGAACACAUUCUGGUUCGGUCUGGGUGGUUGCUGUGUGUUCCUGGUUCCCAGCAUCAUCCUGUCAGUUAAACUGGCCAAGUACUACAGGAGGAUGGAUACGGAGGAUGUGUUUGAAGAGGGCCAAGAAAACUGGUAGAGAAACAAAGGUGGGAAAGAGAACAAAACUACAACAACCCACAACAGAACUCUGCUGAUCUCCACCCCACAACAACCUGAUUGGAUUAGGACCUUAGCUGCCAGCCAAUUACAGUAGCCCAAAUGAUGCCCUGUACGUUCCAUCGCCCAAUCACAACACUAGUUCUGUCUGACAUCACCGUAGUUUCUGAACCUGUGUGAACACGUUGGUGGAUUAUUUCUAUAUAGUUGAUUUGAUUUAUCAGAGUUAUUAUAGACAAGUGUUCUGUUUGUUUCUACUCAGCUGGAACCACUGACUCAUCUCAAUGACUUGUACAUUUUAUACGCUUUCAACACCUUUGAAAGUUUUAUAUAUUUUUUAAUAUAAUAUGUUAGCAAGUUAGCGGACGCUAGCUACCAAACCAUG